UUGUAGUAACCAGAACAGCAGCUACAAGAAGAUAACGCCAGUUAGCUAGACUAGAGCUAACUGGCUAAUAAUGUUCUCUAGCUACAAGAUCAGCUUGUCAUUUAGCUAGCAAUGGUAUUCUAGCUAUUAGGUCUUCUAACUACCAGCAUUCAAUGUUGGCAUGUUUCGGAGCCGACGUUGGAGGCCGAAGAUGUCUCCAGAUAUAACUUCAGCAAGCUGACUGAAAGCAGGUUUCAUCAGGUGUGCCUUCCCCCCUCACUGUGGAGGAAAUGCCAGCUGUGAUCCAGGCCAAAGAGGAUUCGGAGUCUUCCUCGGAGGACGAGCUCGAGGACCAUCUUUGCAUUGCAUGGAGUGGCUGUAGCAGGAAAAUACCAGUUGUGGUCUUCUAUGCGGAAGCCAUAGUCUCUAAAGAUGUCAACAUGCGCUCUAUUGGAGAACAGUACAACCUGGGUUUUAAGAUCGUACGGACAGAGAGUCGCCUGGUACGCGGUAUACUGACCAAUCAUGGCUUCCAUGAGGUCCAUCCAAACAGUAAUGACUUCAACCUCAUGUGGACAGGGUCCCACCUUAAGCCUUACCUGCUACGCAGCCUUCAAGACUUCCAGAAGGUUAACCACUUCCCCAGGUCAUAUGAACUGACUCGCAAAGACCGACUGUAUAAAAACAUCCAGCGGAUGCAGCAAGCUCACGGCUUCAAAAACUUCCACAUCGUUCCUCAGACGUUUGUGCUUCCCUCAGAGUACCAGGAAUUCUGCUGUUCUUUUACCAGGGACAAGGGUCCCUGGAUCAUCAAGCCUGUUGCUUCCUCCAGAGGCCGUGGCAUCUACCUGGUCAGCAAUCCAAACCAGAUUCCUCUGGAUGAGAAUAUCUUGGUGUCUCGCUACAUUAACAACCCUCUACUGAUAGAUGACUUCAAGUUUGACGUGCGUCUGUAUGUACUGGUGACGUCCUACGACCCCUUGGCGAUCUACCUGUACGAGGAGGGCCUGACCAGGUUUGCCACGGUGAAGUACGACCGCGCCGCCAAGAACAUCAAGAACCAGUUCAUGCACCUCACCAACUACAGCGUCAACAAGAAGAGCCAUGCCUACGUCAGUUGCGAUGACCCUGAAGUGGAGGAUUAUGGGAACAAGUGGAGCAUGAGCGCGAUGCUGAGGUAUUUGAAGCAGGAGGGGAAAGACACCACAGUGCUGAUGAGCCAGGUAGAAGAUCUCAUCAUCAAAGCUGUGCUGAGCGCCGAGCUGCAGAUAGCCACCGCCUGCAAGAUGUUUGUUCCCCACAAGACCAACUGCUUCGAACUCUAUGGUUUUGACGUGCUGAUCGACUCCAAUCUGAAACCCUGGCUUCUGGAGGUCAACCUCUCUCCCUCGCUGGCCUGUGACGCACCUCUGGAUCUGAAGAUAAAGGCCAGCAUGAUAUCAGACAUGUUUUCUCUUGUGGGGUUUGUGUGUCACGACCCCCUGCUACGACAGCCUCGCUCUGAACGAAUCACCCUGGACCCUGGCCUGAAGAACCCUGUCCAGAAGUCUCAGCGUCCUGUCACUGCUCAGACAGCAGCAGCCUCCAGACUGCGUCAGAGGCCUCAGUCAGCCAACAACACAGACAUGGAGAGCUCCCGGCUGGGCAGGCAGGCAGACAGCACCCUGGGACUGACCACAGAGGAGUUGAAGGUGCUGAGGAGGAUCAGAGAGGAGCAUGAGAGACGAGGAGGGUUCAUCCGAAUCUUCCCGACCCCAGAGACCUGGGAGAUGUACAGCGGAUAUCUGGAGUACAAGACAUCGAUGAACUCCAUGUUGGCCAACAGACUUUUCCAUGGAAGAUUGGGAAAAUCGUCUACUUCUUCAAGAUCACGGAGCCUGAGUGGGAAUGUCCAGCUGCAGGUGGACGCGUGUCACGUGUUCCAGUACGAGAGGAAGCUGCUGUCGCUGGAGGCGAGGAAGAGGAGGCAGCGCCACCUGGCUGAGCGUCCGGGGCUGUCGAGGAGGAGAGGGACAUCACGCAGGGCCGCUGAGAGGAGUGAGGAGGAGGACGUGGAGGAGGGGGAGGAGAGACUGCAGGAGGAAGAGGAGGACAAGAACCGAGUGGUGGGUCAGAACCCUCCCAGGGCUCCUCCGACAGAGCAGCACCCAGAGCCUGGAGCAGCCGACCCCCCCGAGGGCCUCCACAGCGGGGCCGCGGCCCCGACACAACCAGGCCGAGGUGCCAAGCCCUCCCGGCCCAAAGUCAACCUGCUCCACAUCCUCCAGCAGGGCUGGGACCUCAGUAAAGUGCAGGCUCGCAUGGCCUUCUCCUCCUACCUCCACCGCGUCCAGCUCAGACUGCUGGCAGAGAGCAGCAGCACCUCCAUCUCAGCCUGGCCAGAGAAGGACCACGAUCAGAUGGAGUUGGUGAUGCGCUUCCUGAUGCGAGCGGCCAGGAACCUCCAGGAGGAGGUGGAGAUGGUUCUGCCCAGCGCCCAGCUGCCCCUGCAGGACCGCAGACACAUCCUGUCUCAACAGCUGGCCCGUUUCAUCCGCUGCUACAACAAGGAGACAGAGCUGAUGGAGAAGAGCUCCGAGGAGGAGCGGUGCAUCAACCCCAGAGUGUUCCAGGAGUUCAUCGUCGAGGCCAGUGAAAGUGAUCUGGAGGAGGUCCUGACAUACUACACACACAAGACCCAGUCAGCGAGCGUGUUCCUGGGGCCCGCGUGUCAGAGGGCGGAGACAUACCGCAGCAGAGCUCCGCCCCCUCAUCCCAACACACAGAAAACUCUGCCGGUGACCAAGGAGGGCUCCAGCACCUCCGAGUCCUCCCUCUGUGCAGUCCAGAUCAGAGACGACCCACCUCCCAGGCCUGCAGGAGACCUGCCCUCCGCCCCCCCCUCCACAGCCCUCCAGCAGGCCGCUCUCAGCAGCAGCCAAGCCAGGCCCGACGUCCAGAUCCCCCACAAGUCCUCCACCGGCCCUGUGGCCUUAGACUGCACCCACAUCCACCUGCAGCACUGUCCCCCCCCUCCCCAGUCUCUGCCCCUGCACUGCCCCCCUCCACCCCCACCCGCCCAGCCUCCAUGCUACGUCCAGUCUCCCCCCUACACCCUGUCCCGGUCCCACGUCCCCCCUUCCUCCCAGCAUGCACCUCCCCAGCCCCCAGGCACAGUCACCAUGGUCCCUCGGUCCCGUGGUGUCAUAUGGUCGCCCCACCCCGGCCUCCACCCCGGCCUCCACCCCGGCCUCACCACCACCCCGGCCCCCGCGGCCCCCCAGAUGUUGCGGAGGAUCCAGUCGUUCACCUCCUCCUCCUCUUCUAAAGCAGCCAGCUCCUCCAUGACUGCAGCCACACACGUCUACAAACAGAAGCUUUCCAGAUCCACGUCUGCAGGGCAAGUGAUGAAGCGGGCCAGCUCAGGCCGCUCCAGACCCGACUCGGGAGGGUUGUUUAAGGACCUGGACUCCCUGUCUGCCCAGGCCCAGACCAACCAGCAGGCCAUCGUCUCAGCCCUGCAGAAGCUGUCUGAGAAGCAGACUGCUCGGCAGUACACCUCCUCCAGCCACAUCAGCCUCCUCACGCAGCACCUCACUAACCUGAACCUGGCCAAAGGGGUGCUGAGCCUGGGGUCGGCAGGGAGGCCGAGGGCCGUGGCCCAGGGUCCUGUCAGGGCCUUCCACUCCAACACCGACUCUGCCAGCAGCACAGGGCCCAGGACCCAGCAGGAUGAGCAGGCAGUGUGGGACAGGGAGACCCAGAGUGCCUACAGCCUGGUGACGGGUGUCCUGCCCCGGUCGCACCACCAGCCCACGCCCGGCAGCUACCAGCUGCAGUUCGCCAUCCAGCAGCUGCAGCAGCAGAAACUCCAGUCCCGCCAGCUUCUGGACCACACGACUCUCAGACACCAGGCCCUGUUUGCAGGCCACACCAUCUCCCCAGCCCCAGUGGUAGCUAGCAGACCCCAGGCUCCUGGCCUCUGCUCCAGCACCCAGCCGACCCACCAAGGCUGGCUGAACCAGGCCGCAACCCAGCCUCAGCCUCAGCCCCGCACUGGCCCCAUCCUCACCCCCAAACCCCCCAGCGGAGGCCGGCAGGAGGGCGUGGUCAGGAAGACCUCCUCUCAGCGUGUCAACAAGCUCGUCUCGUCAGACGGCCAGGCCGGCGGGAGCAUGUCUGCUGGUCAGCAGGUGGUCCAUGAGGCGGCGUGCGGAAGAGCAGGUCUGUCCAUGUACAGUAAGCUGUUCCAGGCCCAGGGCUCCAGGCCCAGAUGACAGCCUCGGGACCCCAAGCGUGGGGACCCCAGGCUGCCUCCCUGCAGCCCUCCCAGGUGUCUCUGCAUGUGACCCCAGGCCCCCUGUGGGGGCGGGGUCAUCGGUGGGGGCGGGGCCACCGGUGGGGGCGGGGUGUGUCCCCGAGCGCACAGCCAGCUCUGUGUCGUUGUGUGCAGCAGAGCAGCUGGUGGGUCGGGCGGGUGCAGGCUCAGUGUCGAGCUGCACUGAGCUGCCAAACACUUCCUGAUGGCCUACUCUCCUCGCCCCCGCCCAAACCACCCCUUGCCCCCACCCUAACCCCGGUACCCCACCCCCUUGCCCCUCUCCUACCAACAGUUCUCCUAUUCAUUCGUCCUGUUGCUUCUUGAUGCUACGGAAAGGUUUCAGUGACAGACACGGUGUAACAGCUGCUUGCCUAAGCCCCUCUGAGCGCCGUGGCACCGUGGCAGAAGGCUCUGGAUUCUGCUCAGCUCACCCAGGGACAGGCUCACCCAGGGACAGGCUCACCCAGGGACAGGCUCACCCAGGGACAGGCUCACCCAGGGACAGGCUCACCCAGGGACAGGCUCACCCAGGGACAGGCUCACCCAGGGACAUGCUCACCCAGGGACAGGCUCACCCAGGGACAGGCUCACCCAGGGACAGGCUCACCCAGGGACAGGCUCACCCAGGGACAGGCUCACCCAGGGACAUGCUUUCUACUGCGUCUGAGAUGGAGCUACUGUAUUUGAGUUUGCCAGUGUCAUCUUCAGAUGAGGCAGUUUCAACUCCGCACGCCAACUCCACACUCCCUCACCCCCUCCCCCCUGACGUACAGACCCAGGUCAGUCCACGCAGGGUGUGUCUGUUCCUGGGGGCUGAGGACCCUGGCUGGGCGUGACCUGAACACUUGAAUGUUUGAAUUUGCAUCUUGCCUUUUCAUUUCCCUCAUCUGUCAUACCACUGUUGUUGUCCUGCAGGAUAAAGCACGCACACACACAGCGUAGCCUACUGUAGACUGUGUUUUGACAAGGUUUUCCAGUCAUAGAUUUUCGAGUGCUGUAAAUGGAUAGUGUACUCUCAAGACCUACACACACUUAGAGGUGGGUGGGUUUAGAUUGCAGAUUGUUAGUAUAUUUAAGUGUAUUAAAUGCACUAAAUGUAAUGUUGAAGUGUAUUAAAUGCAUUAAAGGAAAUGUUAAAGUGUAUUAAAUGAAUUGUUGGUGUAAUAAAUGCAUACAGAGUAAGAGUGAGUCAGAGUCCUGGAUCCUGUGCUCAGAGUCGGGAGGAGAUCCAGCCUCUACUGCCUUCCUCUCAGUGGGCAGGACGGUCUGCCCACUAGUGCACAUGCUCAGUUCCUCUCAGUGGGCAGGACGGUCUGUCCACUAGUGCACAUGCUCAGUUCCUCUCAGUGGGCAGGACGUUCUGUCCACUAGUGCACAUGCUCAGUUCCUCUCAGUGGGCAGGACGGUCUGUCCACUAGUGCACAUGCUCAGUUCCUCUCAGUGGGCAGGACAGUCUGUCCACUAGUGCACAUGCUCAGGGUGACAUCGUUGAUGUCAUAGGCCUAAAAAACAGUUUGAUGUUUUUAAGAUUUCACUUUUCUGACUGUUUUUUUGUUGUUGAUGAAAACACCGGAAUUGUUGUUAUGUUUGUACUCUGUUCCAAGACCAAAUUAUCUAUUUUUAACUCAGUCUGUGAUGAUUGUAAUGUACUUUGAAGAUUUCUACAGUAGCACAUGCAUUAUUUGUGUUUUUAAAAGCUCCAAAAAAAAAGUUCUUAAGUUUGUACCGUUUGACACCGUAAUGUUAGUGUCAGUGUUUUUAAUUGAAUUUGUAUUGCUAAUGAAUAUUUCUACAGUAAGCAUGCUGUGACAUAACCCUAGUGAGUCAGUGAGUAGACCAGCUCCAGGUUUAGCUGUACAUACACGCAUCAAAACGUCAAUCAUGCCACUCUCUGUACGUGUUGUUAAUGAGUGCAUAUUUUAUAAUAAAAAAGGUUUACUAAGAGUCACUUUUCCUAAUACAGU